GCCCUGCAGCUGGAGAUGGCUGAGAUGCAGCCAGCCCCAGUGCCGCAGCCGGGUGCCAGCGACCACCAAUAUGAGUGCCAGGAGUGUGGCAAAGUGUUCAAGUGGUCGUCGCGACUGAUUCAUCACCAGCGCACACACACGGGUGAGCGCCCUUACAAAUGCUCCGAGUGCCCUAAGGCCUUCAAGGGCUCAUCAGCACUGCUCUACCACCAGCGCAGCCACACUGGCGAGCGCCCCUACAAGUGUGCUGACUGCGGCAAGGCCUUCAAACGCUCGUCGCUGUUGCAGAUCCACCAGAGCGUGCACACGGGUCUACGCGCCUUCAAGUGCGCUCUGUGUGGCAUGGCCUUCAAGUGGUCGUCGCACUACCAGUACCAUGUGCGCCAGCACACAGGCGAGCGCCCCUACAAGUGCACGUUGUGUGAGAAGGCCUUCAAGAACUCAUCCAGCCUGCGGCGCCACCGUAACAUCCACACCGGCGAGCGCCCCUAUGUCUGUGCCGCCUGCGGGAAAGCCUUCACCCAGUCCACCAACCUGCGGCAGCACCAGCGCAUCCACACAGGAGAACGUCCCUACCAGUGCACUGAAUGCCCCAAGACUUUCACCCACUCCUCCAACCUGCUGCUGCACCAGCGCACCCAUACCGGGGGACGGGCCCACAAGUGCCAGGCCUGUGGCAAAGCCUUCAUCUCGGACGCCUACCUGCAGAAACACCUGCAGACGCACGCAGCCAAACCACUGGCACCCUUUGGCGAGGCGGAGCUGACCUGUGCACCAGCUGAGCUCUUCCUGGCUCCUGCAGAGCCUGUAGAGACAGUGGAGAUGCUAUGGAAGUGUGGGGAAUGUGAGCUGACCUUCCCCAGCGAGGAGCUACUGCUGGGCCACCAGCACAGUCACCUGGCUCCCCCAGUGCCCACUGAGCCGCCCGUCCCACCGCUCUACACCUGCGCCACCUGCGGCAAGGCCUUCAAGAAUGGCUCGGGCCUGGCACGCCACCAGCACAGCCACGUGGGUGAGCGCCCUUACAAGUGCUCCAUCUGCGAGAAGACAUUUGUGCAGCUCUCUAGCCUGCUGGGGCACCAGCGCAGCCACCCGGCCGAGCAGCAGCUCAUCCAGGCAGAGGCCGAGGUCACCUGUCCCCAGACGGCGACCGAGCCAGCCCCACCCCCUGUGCCUCCUGAGGUGGCCGAGCGCCCCUACAAGUGCACCGAGUGCGGCAAGGCCUUCAAAGGCUCAUCAGGGCUGCGCUACCACCUGCGCGACCAUACAGGCGAGCGCCCCUACAAGUGCUCGGAGUGCGGCAAGGCCUUCAAGCGCUCGUCACUGUUGUCCAUCCACCAGCGCGUGCACACCGGCCUGCGCGCCUUCAAGUGCGCCGAGUGCGGCCUCACCUUCAAGUGGUCGUCACACUACCAGUACCACCUACGCCUGCACACGGGCGAGCGCCCCUAUAGCUGCACCGACUGUGGCAAGGCCUUCAAAAACACCUCAUGCCUGCGACGCCACCGCCAGCUGCACACUGGUGAGCGCCCCUUCGCCUGCCUGGUGUGUGGCAAGGCCUUCACCCAGACCUCCAACCUGCGGCAGCACCAGCGCACGCACACAGGCGAGCGCCCCUACAGCUGCCAGGAAUGCGGCAAGAGCUUCACUCACUCCUCCAACCUGCAGCUCCAUCAGCGCACGCACUCCAGCGAGCGCCCCUUCAAGUGCUCUGUCUGCGCCAAGGGCUUCGUCAUGGCUUCCUACCUGCAGCGCCACCUGCGCACCCAUGCUGCUGAGGCCAAGGGGGAGAGCCCAGGCCCAGGUCUUCCCACCCCACCUGCCACCCAGGAAGUGCAUAUUGUGCCCAACUUACAGGCCACCCUCAACCUGGAAGUGGGUAGCACGCCCAGCGCCCCCAACUCACAGACUUUCCUGCUGGUGCAGACAGCCCAGGGGCUGCAGCUUAUCCCCAGUGUCCAGCAGAGCCCCCAGAAACUGCUGCUCCUGCCCAGCCCACAGCUGGUGCCGACGCAGCAGAAAGUGUCUGUCCUCCAGAACACCCCUAAUUUUACACUGGUGCCCAGCGGCCCUGUAGCCCCAAGCAAGCCUGCCCCACGCCAGCAGAGCAAGACCAGGAAGCAGGCAGCACCUGGCAAUCCCCAGAACAUCAUCCUGGUGCCUGGUGGUGGGCCAGUGCUGCCCAGCAUGCAGAUCCAAGCACUGCCAGGCCCACAGCCAACACCAACCCUCCCGGCUGGGCAGAAUAUCAUUGUGCUGCAGAAUGUGGCCGAGCAGCCUCCUGCAGAUGUGUCUGGAGUCCGGAUCCAGGCCCAGCCUCAGGAGGUGGCCAGCAUCCAGCUACAGGCUCUGCCGCCGCCCCCUGCUGAGGCAUCAAAUGUGCAGACUCUGCCCCAGCCCCCAGAACUAGACAGCAUGCAGCUGCAAACCCUAGUGCAGACUCCCCCAGUAGGGGGUGAAGAGCAGCACCUGCCUUGCUCCUCAGCACUUUCGGGUACUGUGGGUUCUGGGCCAGAUGUGUCGGGCCUGCAGGAGAGUCAGGAUCUGCUGGUGGUGCAGAGCGGGCCAGGGGAGGAACUGCUGGGGUCGGGUGGGGAGGUGGGUGUGCAUCUGGAGACGCUGCAGACGGAGGAGGGGGUACAGAGCGUACUGGUGCUGCGUGGUGCUGAUGGUGAACAGACCCGACUCUGUGUACAGGAGGUGGAGAACCUGCAGGAACUGCCCCCAGACAAUGGAGUAGGAGCCCUGGCACCGGCAACAGGGCAGAAGCUCUUCAUCAUCCGCAGUGCGCCUGGUGAGCAGACUCUGCAAGUGCUGGAAAACAUGGGCUCUGGCAGUGGCCCUCUGCCACCAGUACCCAGAUGGUGCAGCUGCUGCCAAACCCAGUACCACCCCCCCAGGAACUGCCCUCUAUCCAGAUUGUGCAGACAGUGCCCAGUGUGCAGCUGGUUCACACCUUCUGAGCCCCUGGCUACAGACACCAGCCGGGGUGUGUGCAGUGGGUUGGCAUUGCAGGAUCUGCUAGAUCUUGUUCCCCGAUUGUCUUGCCUGUGCAAUAUGAAAAUAGUGGGAUAUCCCCACAUGAUGACCAGUGGGGGCCGCAAGCUGUGAGACUUGUGCAGGUAGCCUGGUUCUGCAUCAUCCUAGCUAUCCUGGCUGCAGACUCCUGAGUUCUAUCCUCAACUCUGGGAGGAGACUUGGUUCUAGGGGUUAGAGUGGAUGGGUGGGCUGGGAGUCAGGACCCCUGGGUUCCAUCCCUGACACUACGGGGUCUAGUGGUUAAAGUGUAUGCAGGUUUGGGAGCUAGGUCUCUUGGGUUCUGCUGGGUGAGCCUGAGCAAGUCCCUCCCUGGUUGGAGCAUUUUCCCUUCUGUGGGCUGAGCAUAGCAUUCCGGGAGGCUAAAUGCAUGAAUAAGAGGUAGGAGCUCUGCAGUCAACCCGUGGGUGGAGCAGUUGGUGCUUGCCUCUUCACAAGUGGUUCCUAUAGGAGAGGGGUUCCCAUGGCUCUGGCAGACAGAAGACUGGCAUGAGAGCAGUUGCCACCUUCUGUAUCUUUGUCCUGGUAACCAGGUAAUACCUACUCCCCAAAGCCCUGGCCUAUUCCUCCAACGCCCAGAUGGCCUCCUGUGUAGGCAGAGCACCCCUGUCUCUUCUAGAGCCCCUUCUGUAUUAGGGCAGUUGGCACAACCCUUCAACCUACAAGGCAAAUAAAAGACUGAUUUGAAAGUGCCUCUGUUUGGUUUGUUCAGUGCAUGAAGGGUGUAGGAGAAAGAAAGAGCCUGAAGAGCUGGGUGCUUGAACCAAAGUAAGCAAAAGUUUUAUUAUGAGUAACAGACAGUCCAUGUCAGAAGCAGAUGUUUGCUCGCAAGUCAGUGUCUCUCAGCGCUAGAACUGCUAGCACUGAUAAAAGCACAUGAAGUAUGUAAAUACAUGUCACCAGGACAAUACAGGGACACCCACCUGAGUACACAAUAAAAUAGUUUGAAACAACAGGAGUGAAAGCAGAACGGGUAAUGAAUGCUUUGGAGGAAAGUAGAAGAAGAGGUACCAAACACGUCAUUAAUGCGUAAGAUGAUAUGUAUGGCGUGGAUCAUAAAUUGUUCAUUUCUGACUAUAAAUGUGGGGGUACCUCACUUAACUCUUUAGCUGGCCUAGGGGGAAAUAGUGAAAUCCAUACUAUUGAUUGGCUGUGUCCAUUGUCCUGGGUACAAAUAUGUAGGGGGCUCAGAGGCCAUCUGGCUACCAACAAUUAUUAAUGUACUUCGUUCAACAAUAAACCUGACUCAGGUGCCUUUGUAUCUUAUCUAAGUGUGUGGUCUUUGGGGGCUCUCGUAAAGUCUAUUAUGCUAGCUACCAGCACAGAGCAGGCAUAAUAUACUGAGGGAGCAUAUGAAAAUGCAUGGAGCCGAACAUUUAUCACUAACGGAUCAGGAGACCUGUCAGAAUGCCACACCAGUAAAUCCUGGAUUUGCUGUAUCACUAUCCUGUUUUACUACAGACGGGGAUGUGGCCUCACGCCUACACCCAUCUUGUGGUGGCUGAACACCACAAAGGGCUGCAUGGGAACUGGGCCUAAUUGGUAGAUAGUGCCCUCCUGCUGCCACCACAGCUGCAGCUCCUGCACUAAGCCUGGCUGAGGCUGGUGGGUGCCUGCAGGUUCAACUUGGCAGUUCUGUGUGCAUGAGAGACACUAGCAUCUGCUCAGAUAUGGUGCUGGGUUCCUGCGCUAGAGCUGCUGGGUGGGAGGAGGUAUGCAGGGCCCCGCCAAACCUGAGUGUUCAUCAGAUAGCCUUUAUGCUGGGGGCUGCAGGGCCUUGCCUCAGCAAAGCAACCAUCUGUGGGUGCUGAGCCCAGUGUUCAAGGAUGACACUAGCAGGCCUGUGCUGCAGAGAGAGGGGUGUGGCUCAGCAAGGGAUUUUUUUACCUCCCCUGCAUACCCUGCACUGUGUUGGAUGUGGCCUGCCCAUCAGGUCACUGGGUCCAGCUUAGCCUGGCCCCUUGCUCACUGGUCUAGCUCAGCUUGCUCACUGGGUCUGGUUCAGCUUGCCCCCUCAAUCCGUCAGCUGGCUUGGCUCACACAUUGGUCUGGCUUAUAUUACUUAUUCAUUGCUGGAACUGGCUGGGCCUACUGGGUCCAGACUCACCAUCUCGCUCGUUGGUCAGCAGGUCCCUUAGGGUCCAGCUCAGCUUGCCCCCUUACUCAAUGGGUAGCAGGUCUGGCUCGACCUGAUCCCUGGGUCCAGCCCGGCCCCUCUCUCGGCGCUCACCGGGU